CACACAUACAUGCACUCAGAGGAAGAACCGAGACCUUCACUGUUAAACCAGCCGACCUCAAAGCUCCAUCACUGACAAGAGCCACAGCUGGUGUGCGAAGGUCAUAUGGAAGUGAACUAAAUGAAGGCAAAAGCACCCCUGUAAAUCAGCAACAAAAAGAGCAGGAAUACCUAUCCGAAGUAGUCACCAUGGAGACCAGCCAGCUUUCAGAAAUGGCUGAUCUAACAGACUGUAAAAUGGAUCCUGGGUGUACAGAGGACCAGACAUGCCAGUUCACUGAGGAGGUGGAUGAAUGUUUUGUCACAUAUUUCUCAGAGUGCCUGGAUACCACACAGAGCAAGCCCCAUGAAGAUCUGGAUGGGCCAGAAAACAAAGCCAUAACUAAUGAAUGUGAUAGCUCAGGUGAAUCUGAUGAAAGCAAAGACUCUCAAGAAGGCAUUAUGGCCAAGUUCAAUGAACAAGAUAAGCCACCUGGCAUAGAAUCUUUGGCCUUUGAGUCUCAUGAAGAGCCUUUUGUGAAUGACAAACCAGAAGAAGAAAUGGAAAUCAACCAUUUGGAUGAUGCCCAGGAGGAAGAACAUGAUAAACCUGAGGAGAGGGUAGAAUCACAAGAAGAAUCUGUGCUGGAAGCACAAGCAAAAUCAGUGCUUGAGGCACAAGAAGAAUCUGUACUGGAAGCACAAGAAGAAUCUGCGCUUGAGGCACAAGAAUCUGUGCUGGAAGCACAAGAUCAAUCAGUGCUUGAAGCUCAAGAAGAAUCUGUGCUGGAAGCACAAGAAGAAUCUGUGCCGGAAGCACAAGAAGAAUCAGUGCCUGAAGCACAAGAAGAAUCAGUGCUUGAAGCUCAAGAAGAAUCUGUGCUGGAAGCACAAGAAGAAUCUGUGCUGGAAGCACAAGAAGAAUCAGUGCCUGAAGCUCAAGAAGAAUCAGUGCCUGAAGCUCAAGAAGAAUCAGUGCCUGAAGCUCAAGAAGAAUCUGUGCUGGAAGCACAAGAAGAAUCAGUGCUGGAAGCACAAGAAGAAUCAGUGCCUGAAGUUCAAGAAGAAUCAGUGCCUGAAGCUCAAGAAGAAUCUGUGCUGGAAGCACAAGCAGAAUCACUGCUUGAUGUACAAGAAGAAUCAGUGCUUGAGGCACAAAAAGAAUCUAUGCUGGAGCAGCAAAUGAAUGAGCUGGUGAUUUCUGAAGUCCCCACUGAAUCUUGUCCGGAUAUGGAUCGAGAUGAUCUAAGCGACUGUCUGCUUGUGGAGAUGGCUAUCAUUUCAUCAGACAGUGAUGCUGAGGAGCCAUGGAGGACUUUGGGUCCACCAGCUGUCGACAACGAAGAGAUUGAAGACAACGGUGAUCUCUUGGGUAUGGAUGAGGCAGAGGUAAACUCAGAAGACCAAACAAGACAGGAAGACAAUGAAGUGAUUGAGAGCAAUGCUGAAUUUGAAGAUGAAGUUCUGGCUUUGAGCAUUAAUGAAGGUGAGAUUCUAGAACAACCAGAGUGUCCCACUGAAUGUGAGCUGCAAGAUAUUUCUUUGGACUCUUCAGCCCAUUACUGCAGUUUAUCCAAGAUUGCAGAGGAUGAGGAAGAGCUUGGUAAAACCUCAAAGCAUAGUCUUCAGCGCCUGUCCUGUUCAACUUCAGAGCUCGACAAAAAGUUGCCAAAAGACUUCUGCGUGGUUCAGGAAAUAAAGAGUGAGAAUGUCAGCACGGAGCAUCUGGAUUUCAGGGUGACUCGCAAGCAGUGGCAGAAGAUGGAAGAGCAAACAAAGGGUCUGGUGCACCGGCCAGUGAUGAGGCAGGCAUCUUGCCAGGGUGGACAUAGCUUCAUGUACACACCUGUCCGCAACAUUGAUCGCCCCAGAAGAGACCCUGACAUAGAGAGUCUUGGUCUUGGGGAUUACCAGUACACUCAGUUCAGCCCCUGUUCUGAGGACUCUGGUCUGGAUGACACAAGCUACAGAUCUCCUUACGAUGAACCAGAAACUCCAGUGGAGCGGGAGAUUCGCGAAGCUCUCGAGCGAGAGGAGAAUUUCAGACGAGAGAGGGCAAUGGCAAAGAUGUCUGCUGGUGACACUGUGCAAGUUAAACCCAGACCUGGUGGUCUUCCCCACAGCAGGUCAGAGCCUGGACAGAAAGGACGGACGUUUGACACACCAGAAGACAGAUGCAGGUCUCAGAGGUCUCCUAGUGCAAAAAAUCCAACUUUGUCCAUUAGCGCUUCAUCUGGAAGAAAUCCCACAUACCAUGAAAUGACCGCCAACAAUGUCAUUAUACUUGAGCCGGAUUCGUACCCCACCAGCCCUUGCAACCGAGCAAAAGGUGGGAUGCUUUCUCCAGGGACGAGCAGCUUCCAAGAAUGGCCAUCAGACAUGAAUAAUGUCAUUAUCCUGGAGACAUCAAAUCUCAUCAUUCGAAGUGCCUCAGAAUUCUGCCUGAGCACUGCAUGUCAAGAGACACAAGAGAGCACCUUUCAGAACAACCCUUUCUUCAAAUUGCGCUCCCACAGCACCCAGUCUCUGGUUGAUCAGGAGAUCAAGAUGGUGAGGCAAAGAGAAGAGGAGCUUAGAAGGCAAAGAGCACAACUAUAUGUAAAGGAGAGAUAUGACACAGUCCUCGUGUCCCCCAACCAACUGCAAAAUUUCACUUAUGAGAAACCAGGAGAGGUGCCAGCAAAAUCUAAGUCGUCCCCCUCAUCUCCAUCAAAGACACGCAAAAUGGAUCGCUCCGCUUUGUCUUGCGACCACAAGUUCCCUGAGGCACCGUACCCUCGAGUCCGACGGAAAAGUGCCCUGGCCCAGAGGUGGGAAGCAGGUAUCUUUGCCAAUCAUCAGCAACAAGACUGAAUGAUUUGCCUAAAUGAAGCAUCGAAGCACAAAUCAAGUUUCCAUUAAAUUAUAAGCAUGUGCAAAUAGUUUUAGAGUAAAACAUUCAUUACUAGUACAAACCUGGAACUAAAUAGGUGAGUAAAAAUAUUCAAGACGGACGUCAUACGUUUUUACAUUUUUUGGAUGCUAGUAUUUUCAAUCCUGGAUAUACUUUUAUAUUAUUGCAGAUGAAGAAUUUAUACCGUAAUGUAUUCCUAAAUUGCACUAUGUACAAAAAUUACGCCAAACAUUGAGAAAUUUAUUAUUCGAUUUCACAUUACAUAACAUGUUAUAAUAACCACACAGUGAAAAGCAGAAGCUAAAAUAUAUUAUAUAAAAUAUAAAAUAUAUUCAUCUUUGAUUUAAUCUGAUCAAAAGUGCAAUUUAAGACAAGAGAAGUUCGCUGCUUGGAAUGUCUAACAGAAUAU